AAAUAAAGCAAACAAAAUUUUGUAUAAUCGUAACUUUCUGUUCAAAAAUAUUUUCGUUCAAAAUUAAAAAGAAAGAUGCCAUCAGAAAGGGAUCGAUGUGCCGUCUGCCUGUGCAGGAUGCGCUGCCGGGUGCAGACGCCGUGUAAGCAUUCCUUCUGCCGGCGCUGCCUGCACCGCUGCUACUACGAGUGCGCCAACAAAAACUGCCCCCUGUGCCGGGCUCCCUUCGAUUAUUAUUUGCGCAAGAACCGCAGAUACAUCAACGUUGUCUUUCUCAACUAAAAACGGAAAAAUGCAGUAGGCAAAUGGUGGCCCGUCUCUCCACAUGGUCUCAUUAAAUUCGUUAAAAUCAGAUUGCUUUUGUUUAAGAGUUGUUAGUUUUUUUUGUGGUUUAAAUGUUCAAAUUCAGU